GGACAAGUUUUUACCGUUAUUUGGGUAGGAUGGCGGGAGGGCGGCGGACCAAAGAGAGAGAGAGAGAGGGGGUUAAGGGUGGGAUUGUUGCCGCUGCUGAGGCAAAAGGGGGAGAAGGCUGGAGGGGAAAGCGCGGCAGGUGUUCACACACAAAGAAACUGAAAGGGAAUCCCACGGCCAUUGGCUCCGCACUCAGGAAUGCAUCGAGUUUCGUCGGCAUUCGCAUUUCGCGAUCAAAUAUACAUGUGUAUACACACACACACAUGCAUCGUCUUAAUAUAGUUAUAAAAUGAAGGGGGGAAAUAAUGUGUAUGUAAUGUGUGUGGAGUUGCGUAAAAAUUGAGAGAGAGAGCGAUAAGGCAUAAAAAUUUUUAAGUAAAUAAAGACUACCCGUUUUAAGAAGAUCACCCGUUAUAAUCCUAAAAUCCGAAAGUGUGUAGAAUCGCGUCCUGUAACUCGAAAAUUUAAUCUUGGAAGUAUAACGGACAGAUAUAAUGCGAUUCACGAAGAAGAGCUUCUACGAACUCCUUGAAUCCUCGAGAUGAAGAAAAAUCCGUUACAUAUCGAUCUUUUUAAGCCGCGUUUCCAUCACGUCGCGCGAACCGAGCACAGAGAUACGGAUCUUAUUUUCUCCCGCGUUUAAGCCGGAUUUACAAUAAAUAUAGUAUGAACCUUAAGCCGUAAAAAAUUACCAAUAAAUUAAUUAUUCUCCUCACAUUUGACUUGAUCGAUCAACUCUUUAUCUAGCUUCUUAUCCACUCAUCUCGAUCGACGACAAAGAUACAAAGGAGAUGCCGCAAGUAUUGAUAUAGGCGUAUAUACUCUCCGACGCGGAAAGUCGCUAAACAUUCCAAGGACUAGAACGUCCUUCGACGCGUUCGCGACGCCAUUAUUUAGGCAUUGUGUCUCGGCAGGGUUUGCGCGCGCGCAAACGCGAGCGCGAGAGCAAACGAGCGAGUGCGCGCGCGCGCGCGCGCGCGGAGAUUAUUAUACCGGUUUCGAAUCUGCGCGAUGGAGAUCCGUGAGAAAUCGCAACCUCGCGUCCGUGCGACCGUUAUCGUGUACUCGUGGUAAGCACUACUACAUGCGAUUUUGAUAUAUGCUUUUUUUUUACAUAUAUAGUAUAUGCAAUAUAUCUCUUCGUCUUUCUCAUUUACCUCAGAUAUCAGUUUUCCCAGAAGAGGCUUCUCGGAGACGAGUGAGUGAAUGAGAGAGAGAAAGAGCGAGAGGAGCAACAGGUGUUCCACCACACGCGCGCACGUUGAUCGAUCCUCUCGUCUCUCGAGGACAGGUCCAGUAUCCUUGGAUGAGUGUGGAUCUAGUCACGCAUACAAUCGUGAAACGUGGACUGAAUUCAAACCCAUCCAGGGCCGCUGGACGGGCGAUGGAUGACGGAAACACGGGACGAUGGCUCUUCACUCUUCCCUUUGACGCCGAUGAUCUUCCUCGGAUUGAUCUUCGCGGAAAUUUCCUCGUCUUCGUUCUCACCGUUCCGAGGGGGACACAAACGACGUUGACGGAGCCGGAAAGCAGAGUGAUGCGUUCGUUCGGGUACGGCAUUAGCGGCCUCACUUGACGGUGGGGGCUUCCUUGGAGAAGGGGGCUCGCGCCCGUUCUCCUGUCUCCCCCUUCCUCCUCUUCGGAAUACCGCGCGAUCUCUCUUUGUCGUUCUCGUCCCAUCGUCUUUCUCCCUCUCCGUCUCUUUUCUUUUGCUUCGCAGGCAAGCACUUACCGCCCUGGUGGGGCCCUUACGUGGAGGGGAGAGAAGGGUCGCUUUUUCCCAAGGCGUCCGGGGAUCACAACAAAGAAAGAUGCGAUUUUCGAAGCGAAGAGUGGAGAACGAAGCGACCGCCGAGAGACCUUUCUGGACAGCAGCCUGUCAUCCUGAAAGAAAAGCUACCGCAGCGGUGGUUCGCCCAAGGAGAUGCGGCGUCAUUUUGUCAAUUCAAAUAAUGCAAAGAUCUAGUUGCGAACCGCUUGGGACUCUAGAGGGGGCCGCUAGAAACCGAGAAAAUUCUUGUGAUAACAAGAAAAGAAAAAAAGGCGACGACACACAGGAAAAAUCGGAGCACCGCUGCCGAGAAGUAAGGCUCUAAAGACGGUUGCGAAUAGAGAAGAAGGAUAGCGAGGAAGAAAGAGAAAGAGAGCGCUAGGUCAUGGAAAGCGAAGGGGAAGGAGAAGCUCGCAAAUUGUCGUUUCCAUAGUGAUUUAUACGUUCAACUCGACCUGAAGUAUCUUGGAGCGAAAAAUCAGUGCAAAAACCGAUCUCUAAAAAUUCGAAUUAAGCGUGCUCUAUUGGUCGCAAAGCAAACUUACAAGAGAACAUAUUUAUGAUAAUAUCGGAAAUUUAAAUUUCCGGAAAAUGAUGUUAUCUAACGAGAAUGAUAACUAAUUUAUUUAUCGUCUGAAGAUAAAUUUAUAUUGCUUUGCGAGUUGCAGAAGAAUCGAUAUAGAUGACUCUGGUUGUAUUAAUAUUGAAGAAAUUGAAAAAGUUUAUUUUGUAUAUUUGAUAAUUUUCUCAUUUUUAAUAUUGUGUACAUUUUUAAAAAUACAUUUGGGAUUGAAAUUCUACUCUAUUUGAUCCAUCUUUACUUAGUAAUUUUGUCAUCUAUUUGUUUCUUUUUGACUUGUUAAUAUAUAUGUUUUGAUCGAGCAAACCAGUUCUUAAUUUUGGUUUCAUUUUAAGUUUGAUUUACCCCAAUUAUUUUGUUCAACAAUAUUUUUUAUUUUUUUAGGUAAAGAAGAAAGAGAAUUUUAGAGUAAUAUCCUUUCUAUAAAGCGAGCACGUUCAAGUAUUUAUUAGCAGGGCGAUGCCUCGAUGACUAUAGCUUUUCUUUUGCCUCGAAAGAUGAAAGAGAAGACAUAUAGUAGCAUGUAUGAAACAACGCGUUCCUUGCAUCUCAGCAAACUGGUAUUUGCCAACCAGCAAUCGUGCAAAACGAUGCUCCAAUAAUUCAAUGUUAUUCGAAGCUAACGGAAUGCCGUUAUCGUCUUCAACCGCGAUCGCGUUACUAUUAAUCGAUUGUAAUUAGCAGAUCGAGUUUGCGAAUAUGAUAUAAGAGCAUCGCAGCAUUUAGAAGAAAAAAGAAAACUCUGUGAAUCUUUUCUAAACUGCACGGGGACGAUUGCGAGCUCAGAAAGAGGAACCUUUGGUCCCCGAAUUUCAAAAAAGAUCAGCGUCAAUAUGCCGUUUGUUCAAAAGCGAAACAUCGAUGAGAGAAGAUGUACCGAUGAAAGGUUCCAGAGCAUCGCUGGCGCCUUCAAAAGCGAGAAAAUUCAGUGAAAGAGUCACUUGUUGAUGCAGUGACAGUGCUUUCGAGGAAUAACAUCGCAACCUAGGCUACGUCACUGGCGGGGUCCUCGUGACACAGAUCAACGACGGCAACUAUAACGGUACCCGUCGGUGUGACCUACUCUCGGCGAAGUCGCGCUCUCUCGGUCCUCCACCUUCGUCCUCUCUUCGUUUUGCGUCUUUCCCCUGGACUCUCCUUUCAUCCAGGGCCGAAUAUUCAACAGGGCCUGAGUAUCGAACGCCUGCCGUCUUCUGAUCGCUUCGCCUACUCUUCUAUCCGACCGGAAAUCACUGGAAUCAGGGCGAGUCGAGAUGAUCGGCCGCCACUGCUUGCCGUAUAGCAUCUUCUCUCCCGUACGCUGCGGGCUAUACUUUUUCUUCCACGAGAAGCAUUGGUACGGGUCGUAUGGGCGGACGAUCGGAUCGGACCGCGGUUGAUUACGGACAGUAAUGAAAGCGGCCUGCUUGCGCACGGUGGGUAGAUAGGUAGGUGCGUGUCGCCGUCUGUCAUGUAGCCGCGCGACUUCCGCACCUUCUGCCGCGCCGCACCUUUGUCGUCGAAGUCGUCAAUGAGAUCGACAGCCGCAAUCGUUGUUGUUGUUGUUGUUGUCGUUCCUCGUGCGUAACAAGGUGACAUAGCCGAGACCUUGUGAGAGAGAUUCGAGUAGUCGAUUGUCACGGUUCAACCGCGGGUCCAGCCGCUGGACCAGCGAGUUAUGAGAGCGAUCGCGCCCUUCGUCUUUCAGGUGAUUGCAUUGCAGUUGACGAAAUGUCAAGGCAGCGGUGGCGGGCCGAGCACGUUCGGAUACGACGCGUCCUCGGCCUGCAGCAAGCCGUACUCGCGCGCGGGACGCGCGCACCAUGAGGAUCUACCCUGUGACUUUCGCCGACAAAAUUGGUGCACGAUCGCUGGUAGCGCGUACCCUUGGCAUGCAGUACGUCGAUUCGUGCAGGAGAAUCAAGGAUUGAUGAGACGCAUGUACGGCGACGAGAGUUAUAUCAGUAUUCUCCGAGCGGAAUUCGAGAAGAAUGAUAUUGAAUUCAAGUAUGAUGAGUACUACCAUCAUUUCGCCGAUGAUAUAAAGCAAUUUCAAUAUGAAGAUGAUUACGAGGUGAUGGAUGAUGAUCAGUCGAAGCUUAAUGCGGACGAUGAGAAUCGCGAAUUCACCAGCCGUUCCUUUAAUGAUCCUGUCGCCAAACGAUUGAACAAAUUUCCGAAGCUCAGCGAAUACACCAGACCGCACUUCAGGCCCACCGAACGGACCACCAGUUCGACCGCAUCGAGCACGAAGAUUCUCUCCUCGACUUUGUCUUCAACAUCGACCACGACCAGUGCUACGACUUUCGAUACACAUACGUCAUCCUCGACAACGCCCAUCUCUAACACUACCGUAACGAACAUGGAUGAGAAACGGGAAGAGAUCAAGACUCAAUCUCUCAUAACAUCAGCUUCUCCAAAGUUUUCAAACACUACUGUCGAGAUUGCUGAUAAUGGUGAUGUUGCGGUGAAUAUCACGACAACAACGGCGUUGCCGAGCAUUACUAUGGCUCAAAUCGUCAGAGAACAAAAUUUUAGUAUCAACGAGAUUCCUGGGCAGAAUGACAGAAUCGACGAGGAUCUGGAGGAACUUGGAGAAGUGAUAGCACAUUCGGAAGAAAUAACGAUUAAGGAGGAUACGACUUUGAAAUCGAUCGAUACGGGAGGGACGACAACGAGUGUCUUCGUUUCUACGGAAUCGCUAAUCAAUCGAGAUGAGGAAGCGGAGGUGCUUGAUGUUGCUACGAAGACAACCGUACACGAAGAAAUAAUAGCUGCAACAAGUCACGAGCAACAACAGUUUAGACCGCGUCCCGAGUAUCGGCCAACGAGUGUGGCCGAAUCAUCGGCAAGUGUCAGUGGACAACUUUAUCAGGACGUCGCGGCGAAGGAUCACCACGAGCAACCAGUCCUGAAGCUUAGGGGAAUAAAUGCCUGCCCCGUCAAGGAAGAAGUAGUGGCACCAUUCUGGGCUAACAAUACUCGCGGCGAAGUCUUGGCUCUUCUCAAUCUAUAUCCCUUCGAGCAGUAUGUACAUUGGGAGAAGUGCACGCACGAGAACAAGCAAAUGUACUGUCGUGACGGAUGCAGAUGCGAACAGCAGUAUCGGCUGCAUCGGUUGCUGGCUUAUGACCCCAACAACGAAUGUCGCGGAAUCUUCAGCGAUUGGUUCAAGUUUCCCAGCUGCUGUGUCUGCCGCUGUUAUGAUCUGCCAUUAGAAUUUCGAGUGACAUCGCGUUCACCACGCACCUCGCGCAAGCGACGAAUCAAGGUGCAACCGCCAACACGGGACCGUUAUCAGUGAUCUAAUUGUUUUCUCGCUGGCUGAUCGCCAAAUAACACAGCGUAAGUGUGAGAACGUCCCGCUAAAACCGUAUGCAAAAUUCUAAAAAAUGCAGUACAAAUCAAUUCUCUAAUUGGAAAAAUCUUCUCUCCAUUCAUUUCAAUUUAGAGAUUAUUAAUAUUUAUUUAUUACUGUUAACAUUUACACCUUGAAAUAUUUUUUUACAUGUACCAAAUAUUUUUCAUAUAUUGAAUAUAUAUUUUAUAUGCAUAUAUAUCAUAUAUAUUUUAUAUGCAAAGUUUAUAUGUGAUUAUAUAAGAGAUUUUUUGCAUAUUUAUAAAUAUUUAUAAAAAGCAUAUUUAUAUAUCGUUGACAUUAUUUAUUAUGUUAUGGUAAAUUAAACUAGAACAAUGAUAUUUGUAAACGAAAGAAUAUCGAAGAAAAGUACGAUUAAAUUCUAAAAAAAAGAAAAUUCAUGCUUUUAUACACAUAUGCGCAUGAUAGAUAAAAAAAAAUUUCUAUUGUUAGUAUAUUUUUAUUUACUAUAAUCUAUCAAAGCGAUUUGGACAAGAUUUCGCUUUAACCCGGCAGUUAUUUUUGCAAACAUAAUAUACGAUAAAAAAAUAAUAAAGCUAAAUCAAAAUAAAAUCAUCCUUGUUUAAAUCAUUCAUAUAAAUUUUUAGUUUAUGAAAAGAAAGCGAUGUGUAUACAUACAUAUAUAUAUAUAUAUAUAUAUAUAUAUACAUAUAUAUAUAUAUAUAUAUAUAUAACUAAAAUCAUUGGAAUAUAUUCGCUGGUUUGAAAAUAUAUAUAGGCUUUACCUUUUAACAUUAUCGUAUAUUUAGAACGAUUAUCAUAUAUUUAGAACGAUAACAAAUGUAUGUAAUAGAGGAGAAAGUGCGUAUAUAUUAAAAUAAUUUAAAUGAAUAAUAAUACUCCUAUACACUCGUUGGCAAAUGUUAUACUAAUCCAUAUAUUCUUUCGAGAUUUUAAGAUGUACAUAUAUUUAUUUUGUGUAUUCGCGCGUCACAGCGCUAAGCUAAAAAUUAUAUUAAUAUUUAGCAUUAUAAUACUAUAUAUAUUCUUGAUAUAAUUUUUGUAAUACAAAUAAGGCUCGUGAAUGAAAUACGCCAUUUUUAUACUACACUUCUCUUCGUUUUCGUAAUCGUUAUUUGUGCAUUGUUUAAUAAAUAUUCUCGCAAUUUAUAAACUCAAGUUAUUAAUCAUUGUUUGAUCUAUUCUCACAACUUAAACUUAAGUUAUAUUAAUAAUUAAUCAAUAAAAGUGCGCACGUUGAUGCGUGAAUUACCCCGAAAUAAAAUAAAACAGUGUGCUCGUUUCGUUAUAUAUCUGACUUUAUUUUUCUUUACUUCCUUUACAUAUCUCUGACAACGUCGUGUGUCUUAUAAAGAAGAAGGUUCACAAACAGUAACGAUCUUGAAAACGUUAAUACUUUUUUCUGUUUCGGGCAUUAGCGGGUGGCGCGGUGAAUACAAUAAUACCGAUUAUAUAUAUCUUGUCGUACACAUUCAUUACAUGGUAUUACAAACGUCAUAUUAUUCGUAUCCCGUUGUAAUAUGUAUGUAUAUAUGUACACAUUAUAUAUAGUACAUAUACAGGAUAUUUCGUAUUGAUCAAUACGCAACAUUCUGUAAUAUUUACGCAUAGAAUAUACGCGUUUUUACGUAUGUUUAAUCGUGUAAUAACGUAUCAUAUAGUAGUAAGAGAUGUGUGUAUAUUUAUAUAAAUACCAGCUAAAACAUUUGGUAUCAAAACUAUUGCAGGAAGAAGAAAAUAAAACGUCUUCGAAAAGUAUAUCUCACUCAUCAACGCCCUUCUCGUGUUAGCGUUUAAUAGAGAAUAUUGUAUUAAUUAUGCAUAAUAAAAGGGAGUCUCUUACUUUUGAAUUUAUGCCAAAAAUUAUUCCGAUUCUCUUAAAAAAAAAAAAAAUAAUAAUAA